UUGAAGCUAAGUACUCUGAAAUUAGCAAAUAUGGCGAACAAAAUUUGCUUUACUCCUCCAUUCCUUCUUCUUUGUAUUGCUUUAUUCCUGUGUCAAAGUCUAGCCGCCGACAAAAAUGUCGUCGAUAAUAAUGAUCAAACAUCAUUUUUAAAUGCGAAUGUGCAAGCCGAAUACAAUAAAAUGUCAAGCAAGCAAGCCGACUGGUGGUUGGGUCGACCCAUGUUUCCUUGGCCUUUUGUUCAUCCUCCACUACCAUCUGGCAUCCCCAAGUUUCCUUGGCCAUUUGUUCAUCCGCCACUACCUUCCGGCAUCCCCAAGUUUAACUGGCCUUUCGUUCAUCCCCCAUUACCAUCUGGCUUCCCCAAGUUUCCUUGGCCUUUUGUUCAUCCGCCACUACCAGCAGGCUUCCCAAAGAUUCAGUGGCCUUUUGUGCCUCCGCCUAUUCCGUCUGGCGGUUUGAAAUUCCCACCAAAUUUCCCGUGGUUCCAUUUUCCUUCGAUUCCACCUUAUAUGCAGCAUCCCCAUGGAAACAAUGCAGGUGUCGCAGAUGAAAUUAGCACAGCAAGCACUAAUCCAAAAUGUUCGUCUACUAAUGAAAUUGUGGAAAGUUGCAUGCGAGCGUCUGGAAUGUCACACAGCUGGGGUUACAUAUUUAGCCCGGAUUGUUGCAAGGCUAUUGCAGAAGUUAGCGAUGAAUGCCAUCCCACGUUUGUGACCAUGAUUAAGGAUCAGUGUUCAAACAAAGCUACCGCGCCUCCUCCCACGGCUUAAAUAUUUAAUGUUCAUUAGGACAGUUAUUUUAUUAUUAUUUUUUCUUUCUUGUUAUUUAAUGAUGCUUUUCUUAGAUGCUUAUGUGGUAGGAUUCGGAAUAUAAUAAAUUAGAAAAAUCUUAACUA